AUGCGCUUUCAACCUUCUUUUCUCUUCAUCGGCUGUGCUGCUGCGGCAUCGGUUCCACAGCUUGCACCACGCCACAAUUCCGGUCCUGAUGAGGUCUUUGGCGUUGUCUGCCCUGUCCUCUUCGAAGGCCGCAUUCCAGUCGACGCAACGCUCGAAUGGUUUGACACCAACUCCCGCCACAAACCAUUCGAAAUGACUGUCGAUGACCGUUCAAUCUUCAAGGGACGCAGAUCUCCGCCAGAGACCUGUAUUCGUCGCGCGGGCCUUAUAAUGCCAGGCGACAAGAAUGAUGACCGGGCUGAUGCGGCUGACAAUGACACCGUCACUUAUCACUGGAGUGUCCACCAGAAUGUGGAGAAACCACUCAAUUUCUCUCACGAGUACAUGAAUGUGUGGCAUGAGAGGGCUGACUUCACUGGCAAUCAAUUCACGCUUGUUGGUGGCUUGUCCAUUUUCGAGACGCCGAUUUUGUUCGAUCAGUGGCAGGACUUUGCUGUGCAGGUAGACCAUACGAAAGGCACCCUCAAAGUGUUCUAUUCAGCUGGCGCAGCACCUCUACAGCCCGUGACCGAGGCCACUCCAAACAACAACACAGGCCUGGGACAACUCCAAGUUGGAAUCCUGAAGAAGCCAACGGACACGACCAACAUUGACCUCAACGGAUAUCAGGGACCUAUUCCAUUCUGUCUGUUCGACAAGACAUUGUAGUGGACGUGAAAUGCAUCCCUGUUUUCAUAGCAUGAUACCAUUUUACGCAUUCUUAAUUUGAUAGUCUUGCCAAGUACCCCCUUACACAGCAUGUCUCUUCCUCCCCCCACCCCUCCUCCAAUUCCACAGCGCCUCUUGCGCAAACGUACGAGCAGUAAGAUGCCCCCUCUCUUUAUUCGCCUCCUCGGUCAAUGUCUCAAUCACUCUCCCCUCUUCAAUACACUGCCACAACCCGCCCGCUAUAGCACUUCCCACAUCCUCCUCGACCCACUCCCCAUCAUCAUCGUCAUCUUCUUCGACAUCCGGAUUCUUGGCUACUCGCACAGGUCCAUCCGUCUUUUGCGCGCUCUCAACGCCGAACUGGCCUUUUCCGAGGCGGUAUAGAAUCCUUCCUAGCGUUUGGUAUGCA